UAUGCUGCCUCCAGCUAUGCCCCUUGGUGUCCGGCCUGCCAGAACCUGCAGCCCGAGUGGGAGAAGUUUGCCGAGUGGGGCGAGGACCUGGAAGUGAACAUUGCCAAAGUGGAUGUCACGGAGCAGCCGGGAUUGAGUGGACGAUUUAUCAUAACAGCUCUUCCUACCAUCUAUCACUGUAAAGAUGGAGAGUUCAGGAGAUACCAGGGUGCAAGAACUAAAACAGAUUUCAUAAACUUCAUCAGUGACCAGGAGUGGAAAUCUAUUGAACCGGUUUCAUCAUGGUUUGGUCCUUCCUCUUUCCUGAUGAGCAGUAUGUCAACCUUGUUUCAGCUGUCAAUGUGGAUCAGGCACUGCCAUGGUUAUUUAACAGAAGAUAUUGGAAUACCAGUCUGGGGCUCAUACGCUGUUUUUGCGUUAGCAACUCUGUUCUCAGGACUGAUACUGGGGCUUAUAAUGGUGUUCUUAGCAGACUGUAUCUGUGCAUCCAGAAGGCACAGACUGCCACAGUAUCCUCAUGCAAGAAAGCUAGCUCCAGAGUCAGCUCAGCUGCUGAAAAAGCUGGAUGAAGAGCAGGAAGCGGAUGAGGAAGAUCUCUCCAACAAUGAGACGGAGAGUAGAGAGGUGCCCAACACAGACUCCUCACUGAGUGCUGUGAGACAGCGCCCAGUCAACCCUGCUGCUACCACGGAUCAAUCGUAG